UCGGGGUGUCUCGGGGUUUACCAUAAACAUUUUAUUCAGAAAGCAUUUUAGCCAUUGUUUAUAAUUUUUGUUCCCGUACUUUAUUUUUGAACGUUUUCUUUAUUAUAAAAAGGUAUGGAUUAUGGAUCAGGGCCAGGUAAUUUGUCUGGUUUGAAGCUUGGGUUUGAAGGCUUUGAUGAUGAUGUGUCUAAAGAAAGUACAGAUUUAACUGUUGAUGCAUCGUUUGCUUCACAAGAUGGCAGUUUUCUUCCAAAUCCACAGCUUGGAGAUUUACAACAAGUGGCAAACAUACCAGCAUCAGAAAAUGAAACACAGUCAGAGAAAACAAAGAAAGGAGGAUGGCCAAAAGGGAAAAAAAGAAAGAAACUGAAAGAUCGUAAUGCCCCAAAACCAGCACUAUCUGGAUACAUACGCUUCCUGAACGAGAAAAGAGAAGUGAUGAGAAAAGAAAACCCAAACCUGUCUUUCUCUGAACUAACAAGACUGCUUGGGAGUGAAUGGAGCAAACUUCAACAGCAUGAAAAACAAAGAUAUCUGGAUGAAGCAGAAAAGGACAAAGAAAGAUACUGGAAAGAAAUGGAGGCAUAUCAGAAAACAGAAGCAUUUAAACAGUUCAAAAUACUCAGAGAAAAAAGAAUGAAAGAGGAUGUCAGUGAUGAUAGUUACAACAAUACAGUUGAGAUUAAAGAUGAAACAGAGCCAGGAACAUUUGAUAUACCAAUAUUUACAGAGGAUUUUCUUGACUAUAAUAAAUCAAGAGAAGGAGAACUACGACAGUUUAGAAAACAGGCUACUGAACUCGAGGAACAAAAUGCCAUCCUCAGUAAACAUAUAGAAAAUAUGAAGCAAGCCAUUGAUAAGUUAGAAAUAGAUGCUGUACAACAAAGAAGUUCUAAUUGUGCAUUAACACAACAUCUUGAUUCAUUACGGUCAACGUUAUCUACACACUUUGCUGACAUUCCAAUACCAGGUUCAAAUGAGCUUCCAUCAGUAGAAACUGUUGAUUCCUACAUGGCCAAACUACAUAACAUAAUAGUAGAAAGUCCACAAGAACAUCAAAGUCUUAUAAUAACUAUAAGAGACAUAGUUAAUCGUCUUAAUUUAGAUGGAGAAAAGCUGUGACAACACCACCGUACACUUUCACAGGAACAAAGUGAAUAAAAUAAGACACAAGAGCAGCUUAUAAUUGUCAAGCAAACUAUCAAAUGAAAACCCAUAACCAUGUACCAUGUGUAAUGUUGUAUAGUCUUUGAACAUUAGUGUAUUUGAAGGAUAGAUGUGUGUUUAUCUGAAUUUUUUAUGUUGUAUCUUCUUUUGUUUGUUGAACUUGUGUAGAAUUAGAAGAAAAAAAUCGUCUGAUGAAAUGAGAAGUAAUCAUCUAUGUGUCCAUUAAAUCCUGGUUUGCCACAAUGAACAUUUAUAUCUUUAGAAAUUCUCCAUAGAAAUUUUAGUGAAUAAUUCUUAUCUCUGGUAGAAUAUGUAAGUGUGUUUCACCCUUUUUGUAUGUCA